GCUGCGGCUGGUCGCCAGCAAGGUGCUUUUAAGCUGAACGACGAUGUCGUCGACUUCCUCAAACCGAGCACGGAGAAGAGCAAGCCCAAGAUAGACAUUGCCAUCGCGAAGCGCUGGCCAGAUGCCCAUGAGGUGCGGCGAGCAGGCGAGGGUAGCCCUCUGCCGCACGGAGCCGCAUUCACCAAGCCCAGGCGGCGGAAGGGACUGACAGUGAGCUUCGUGAAGACGGUUCCGGAGAUCAUUGGGGAGGGUGGUGAUGAGGCGCAGGACCCUCCGAGGGAGAUCAGCAGGAUGAAGGCAGCAGUGUCGAGAUCUGUGUCGGACAGGAUGCCUGGCGCCAUUGGCGACUGGCCUCGCUCUCCUCCGCUGGCAGAAACCCAGCGUAGACUCCCACCGCCUGCUCAGCGGGAUGACUUUGUGCCUCAGCCAAUUCGCAGGACGCACACAUCGGGCAACGAAUUCUCGCCUGCCAUCCAGCGCAAGAUGCCUUCACCGCCGAGCGACGACCACGACCCGUAUAAGCCCAGUUUAGGACGUGUUUCUACUGGCUUCGACCAUCUCGACGUGUCUAAAUCAACACAGCUGGAUACACCCGUAACGCCUCAAGACAGAUCAGAUGAGAUCAUGACUGGUGCGCAGCAGCGACAACCGGAUCUUCAUCCGCCGAGACAGCGACCAGCACAGAUCGAUACGCAUUUGGAAAAUUACAAACCUCAGCAAGGAUCUGCGACAGCGGCUGGCAGUCUCAGUGGCGUCAAAGACUAUUCACAGCCCUCUCCGACUUCUGCAACUCGAUCGCCUGUGGCUGAGAAGCGACGACAGAUGAGCACAAGCGAAGGCAUGGUAUUACGACGGGCGAGCAUGAUGAUUGCGGAAGACGAUGAUUCCGAGGCGUCGGAUGAGCAGCCAACAUCGUCAACAUCGCAAGCACCGAGACUGGCUCCACAACCGUCCAACAUAUCCUCAAUAAGUACUUCGGUACCAGAAGUAUUCUCUCCUCCAGAUUCCAGUCUGUCUCCCGAAACAGCAGCCACGCCCGAUGCACCCAAUCCUUUCGCGGACCCAAAGCAUAUGAAGCGCCACUCACGGGAAGUCUCGCCUGGUGAAUCGCGAAGGCCCAAUGAUCCGGCACAAUCUCUCAGACAACAGAGACCUACACGCGAUGAUCGUUGCGCCCCUACCAUGUGGCUACGAGCCGGCUUAUGGUGGUACCUCGUGGGCAAGUCGGGUCUUGAGUCAUUGCUGCAACAGCAACGCAAUUCCAGUGACCGUCGAGAGCUUCUGACCCAGGCUCAUGUGGAUCUCGCAAAAGCAUGGUGGAUCUUGACAGAUCCGCUCGAAUCCUAUGAAUCUCAUGAUGGCAGUCCGCUUAGUGCAAGUUCAGGAGAAUCUACAGAUGCUCGCAUGAUGGUGGGUGGUGUUUCGGCGCUAAAAGCGCACCUCAGAACACUAGCACUCUCAAUGAGCAAAAAUCGCAUCUUACCACCUGAGCAGUCACUGAUUCAAGUCAUGCGCGGACGUCAAGACUUUCCAACUAGCAUCUCGAUUGCAAGCCAGAGCGAGUUAGUCAAUGUCCGCAUCCUAGCCAGGCAAGGAGAACGUAGAAAUUUGACAUGGUCUGAUGUAACUUGGAAAGCGAGCGCAUUUGGCAUGUUGAUACACCUGCCACGAAACUUUGACUUGAGUGUGAGAAUGCAGGAGCGGGAUUUCAGGGCGGUGUGGAAUCUGUCUGAAUAUGCGCGUAAGGUGGAGAAAUGCUUGCGGCCAGAAGAAGGCGAGGUCACGAUUCACGAGGCACGUCUCGCUGAGCUUCAGUACGCUGAUUCUUCAAAUCCUAACGCAUUUGCGCCUGAAAAGGUCAGAGGCUGCACGGCGCGGGUCUUCGAACGCCAAAUCCAGCACGUCGAUGGCAGUGGAAUUCAUAAGGUGCAUCGAGGCUACCGGCUUUUACUAGUCACAGACCCUGGGCACAAAACGCUGAGUGCUGUCAGCCAUGAGGUCGGCACGCGCACUCCAUUCUAUUUUGAAUACCUCACCGAUCCUACAGCGCAGGGCACCACGGCCAUGGUGAUAAGAAUUCGAGAAGAAAAGAGGCAAUGCCGUGCAUUGCUCGUCUUUCCUGACGCAGAGACGAGACAAGCGCUCUACGAAGUUCUGACCGGCUUGAGUGUUGGCCCUGACGAAACAAUUGUGGGCCGAAUGAGUCUCACCAGUCUCAGGAUUGAGCCUGCAUCUCAAACCGCAGGAUUCUCGCAAUCAGCACAUACCGCCUUGCAACAACUUCAAUGGCAGAAGCUGGGGGUGACAAACAGCCGAUUAGAAGAUCCAAACAGUCGGAUAGCAUCGACUGUCCAGUCUGAUAAGCUCAGAAUUGUCGCCAGACAUUCUCUGGGCUGCAUUACUGAUCGCCUAAAUCUUGGCAAAGGCGAACUUCUCUUGCGCGUGCCUACGUCAGAAUCCGCCAGCGUACAGAUUCUUCGGGAGCCGCAGCAAGACAUGACGAUGUCAAUUGACACCAGGAAUUCGCCACAGCACGUAUCUGAUGGAGUAGGCCAACUCUUACAUGCCGUGAUGCAGCAGCCCACCAUCCGCACAUUCACAUUCGCAAGUCGAGAAGACCUGCAUACCUUUCAAACGGCCAUUACAGGGUAUACAGUGCGCUACGAUGGACUUGCGAGUAGCUUUGGCAUUUCUCGAAGACGCAUGGUCGUGCCAAUCUACAAGAAGCUGGAAGCGUCCAAUGUCCGGUUGCAGAUUGUCUACAAAGAGUCGGUCGUCCAACUGCUGGCCUUCAUGGAGGAGUUCAAUUACGCAGAUGCCAUGUGUUUCCAGAUCAAGUCUACAGAUGUGUUCGAGCAGAGCAAAGGAGACAGCAAGGGCAAGAAAUGGUCAGUCAAAAUGGUCGAUGCCAAAUUCUCCCUACCGCCUAGAGAAAAGGAUGACUCCGAAGAGAUCCGACUGAAACAACGAUAUGUCAACUUGGAAGGCCUUGACUAUGCCGAGGAGCAUGAUGAUAUAACCAUUGGCUUCGACAGUGAACAAGACCGCGACAGGUUCGCACAAGCUCUACCGGCUGCCACAAGUGUGCACAGGGGCAUCACCUUGAAACGACGA